AUCCGUAUAUACUAUCGAGAACACCACUAAAUGAACUUUUCUCACAGAAUCGAUAGAAACAUAAUCCUUUGACUCUGUGUGAGCUUUCAUCACUUCAUUCCGUUUAUGUCAUACCCCCCAACGCUUAUUACGCUCAAGGGUGUCAGCGUUCUUCAAAGGAUUUCUUUCUGGAUUGACUCAAGCAUAAACGCCCGGUUCCACUCCCAAGGGUAUUCAGUUAUUAAAAAAUGUUUAUGUUUCAAUCUGAAAAUGUUGCCAUAUAUUAUCACCUCAGGAUUCAUGUUCUACCUUGCUACCGUGCUCCCGAGGAUGAGGAGGUUUAACCGUUGCUACAUUCCGCGCGUAACCCACUGUAAUGCGGCCACAUUCCUCAGGAUCGAGUGGCUUUUCCAUAACAAACGCCUUCUCCCUUUCUACCCCAGGCCCGCCCUUUCAUUUUGUUAUGCACCUGUUUGUCUUUUGCCUCCAGCGUUGUGAUCGUGGGUUGUGAUUGCUUGCACUGCUAGGAGUACCCUAACCGUCUCGGGACUUCCUCACAGAGCUUUUUCAGACAGCAGGAAACCGCCUCUGGAG